UAGAAGUGAAAGAGAAGGAUAAAAGAAGACAUGCUCGGCCUCGGCCUCGGUCUCGGUCAGCGUCGCCUUCAAGACCUCGUAAUGAGCGAUAGCAGGAUUCAGAAGAGCCAAUAAACCAUCGUUACUGUGAUUGAAGACAGCCAUAUUGACCGAGCUUUGUCAUGUGGGAGGAACGAAUAGAUCGCCCCGGACUCUGAGAGAUUGCCCCGCAUGUCGCACGAGCGAUGUGCUUUAGUACGCUGGGCUCUUGCUUCUUUGGCUCUUCACAUCAACAAGUCAACAUCUACAUUUCGACAUCCAAGGACAAUGAAGCUCACCAAGCACAUCUUCUUCGCUGUAGCCGCCGUGGCAAUUCAUGCUUCUUUCACCUCAUCUAUGCAGACUUCUGGUACACUGCAGGGCAAGGCUAUUGACGCCGAAAUCCGAGAGAGCGCCGUCGGGCCAAGCGUCAAAGACGAAGGUGGAACCACGUCUCGCAGCCAGACGAAAGGCCUUUUCAACUUCGACUCAUUCUCCAAGUGGUUGCCGUUCAAGAAGGUGGAGAGAAAAUCGAGGAGGCCCUCAGGGUACUCGAGAUAUACUUGGGCCCAAUUAUCCGAAGAUGCGAAGCAGAAUGUGAUAAGGCUCGAGACGGGAGGUCUGGAGAGGCCCAAGGACUACUCUAAGAGGCUUUGGAAAACUAGAAAUGCGGCAGAGCAGCAAAGUAUCCACCACUUUCACAACAAGCAGGACAAGGGAACGCAAGAGAGAAAUAAGCGCCUCGUACGUUCUUUCUUGUGGAAGUCUGUCUCGUGAGACCCAGGGUGCUGACUUGCACGGACUCAGGUAAAGGGAAAAGGAUUUUGGUCAAAGCUCUCUUCUUUAUGGAAGAGGUGAGUCAGCU